GUCCAGCUGCCAUUUUGGUUUCGUGGGAAAAGGUUCCUCUCGCUCGCCGCUCUUAAAUGUCCUCUUGUCGCGCCCCUGGACUCUCCUCUUAGCUAUUCUAUGAAGCAAAUGAUUCAAUGGAUGCCUCGUCAAUCAUUACGCAAGUGUCUCGUGAUGAGGAACAGUUAAAUUCCUUUCCCUCCGCCGGAUAGAGGAAGCCAGAAUGGGAAGAAGCCCAAGAGAAGCAUCUUCCGCACUCUAUUCUGCUGUUGUGUGUCAGGAGAGAGCGACAGUGGCGGAUCAGCCAAUGGAGUGUGUGUCUCAGAAGAUGUAUCUCCCUACACCCACCUACAACCCCCCACGGGGCCACAGCGGCACCUCCUGCCAGCAGUCAGCCAUCGAGACAUGCACAAGAAGUGCAUGGUUAUUGACCUUGACGAGACGCUUGUCCACUCCUCCUUCAAGCCUAUCAGCAAUGCUGAUUUCAUAGUUCCUGUUGAAAUAGACGGAACCAUCCACCAGGUGUAUGUAUUGAAGCGGCCGUAUGUGGAUGACUUCCUUCAGAAGAUGGGGGAGCUGUACGAGUGUGUGCUUUUCACAGCCAGUUUGGCCAAGUAUGCGGACCCAGUGGCUAACCUGCUAGACAAAUGGGGGGUCUUCCGGGCGAGGCUCUUCCGUGAGUCGUGCGUCUUCCAUCGAGGCAAUUAUGUUAAGGACCUGAGCCGUCUAGGCCGCGAUCUUCACAAGGUGGUGAUCAUGGACAAUUCACCAGCUUCCUACAUCUUCCACCCUGACAAUGCUGUUCCUGUUUCAUCGUGGUUUGAUGAUAUGAGUGACUCAGAACUCAUAGACCUUAUUCCCUUCCUGGAAACAUUGAGUAAGGUAGACAAUGUGUAUAGUGUUCUGCGUAACUGUAACAAUCCUCUGAACUCACAACCACCGCCACAAAAUCAAGGAAGUCAGGUUCUCCCGCAAAUAAGCCAGGGACCCAUGACUCAAGUUCAGCCACCACUCAUCUCACAACAGCAACCACAGCAGGAUCAGCAGCAGCAACAACAGCAGUACCAGAAUGAUUAUGAGGAGACCAAGGAUGGACCCUCAUGAGGGGAGGGAGCCACCACCGGGCAGGCAGUACCAGAGGGGGACUGUAUCACUGAGGAGUAACCCCCUUUGGUGAGCCUGCCAGGGCCCCCACCCUCCCGACCCCCUUGGCCACAUCACAACCACUGCCCACCUCCUCCAAGCCUCCACCCCUAGCCUCCCUCCAGCCGGCUGGGGGUUCAGGGCUCGUGGACUCCGUGGCACAUGUCAGUCAGUGGGUCUGUGAUCAGGUGGACACUACUGCUCUGGCCUGCUGCAGACACAUGCCCAGGCCCUGGGGAGGACUAAUUGGUGGUCAGACCAGCCAGUUAUGUCUGGAACUAGUCGGGGAUAUAAACAAAACUCUGAGGACUGGAGCCCCAGGCAGGGUGACCACGGGUGUCGCCGGUGUGGGUUCAAGUGAUCAGGUGACAGCCAGUGCUACAGGCAGUUUAUGUCAGACACCUGUCCACACCAGCCCUUGUUGUAUUUUAUUGGAUGUGAGCAUGUGAUGCUGCCAGUAUGUGAUGAAGAUUUUGUGUUACUAUUGCUGUGCCCAGUACAGCAAAGGAUCAGACAAGUGCCAAGACGUGACUCCCACUCAUUGUCAUCAUAUCAUGGAAAUGCUGUAUUUUGUAGCAGUCAUACUAUCAACUGUAUGAUGUUAUGCAGCUGUUAAUUUUAAUAAUUUUACCUAAGACUUAGAGGCAUAGUUUGUGUGCUUUACUAUUUUCUGAACAAAACUGAUUUUGUGUGCCAAUGCUGAGUUUUUCCAUGUGUUUAUUUCCAAUCACCGAGAUCGACAAUGGAUUUUCCACUGUCGUUGUUUUAAUAUUCAAUUCUAGGUUUCUAGGAUACCCCAGUAAUGCCUAACCUUCAUCCUUGCUUAGUUUCUCUCUGUUAUUCUGUUUAGAGUAGCCGUCACACAGUUGAUGCUGGGUUAUGUAGGGUGAUUGGGAAUACUAAUUGUUUUGACGUGGAAGGCUGGCAUCCGCG